UUAAGUGUGUUUAUUUUGGUUUCUUCCAUCACUGGCGGUACUGUUGUCUCCAUCCCUUCAACGAACAGAGCGGUGGUGGCUCUCGAUAAACGGGUUUGUGGAUGCAGGGAGUGAUGAACGGAUUAGGGCAAGCCAGCGGCGGUCUCUCCCAAAGGACCGUUCUGAUCACCGGAGUCAGCAAAGGACUUGGCCGAGCUCUUGCCCUCGAGCUCGCAAAGCGUGGCCACUCUGUAAUUGGCUGCUCUCGUUCUCAAGAUAAACUCAGUUCCCUCAAUUCCCAGCUCGUUUCAUACGACACGUCUUCCCCUGAUAAGCAUUUUAUACUCCCUGCCGAUGUGAGGUCUGAUACCAGCGUUGAAGAGCUUGCACGUGUUGUUGUUGAAAGGAAGGGCGUUCCUGAUAUCAUUGUAAAUAAUGCAGGUACUAUUAAUAAGAACGCGAAGAUCUGGGAGGUUCAUCCAGACGAGUUUGACGCUGUCUAUGAGACAAAUGUCAAGGGGACUGUGAACAUAUUACGUCACUUCAUCCCACUUAUGAUUCCAAGCAAGAAAGGGAUUAUUGUGAACAUGUCAUCUGGUUGGGGGAGAUCUGGUGCUGCCCUGGUUGCACCUUAUUGUGCUUCAAAAUGGGCGAUUGAGGGUUUAAGUAGAUCAGUAGCAAAAGAAGUGCCCGAGGGAAUGGCAAUAGUGGCCCUUAGUCCAGGAGUUAUAAACACUGACAUGCUUGCCUCAUGCUUUGGCGAUUCAGCUUCUUUGUACCAAUCUCCUGAUACAUGGGCUUUGAAGGCAGCCACGAUGAUUCUGAAUCUUACGGCAGCAGAUAAUGGUGCAUCUCUCACCGUCUGAUUCGGGCUCUCUUGCUUGUCUCUACUUUAACCUUUUAAUUUCCAUGGCUUUGACAUUAAUAGAAGAUGGAUUGACAUCACACUUCUGAAUGAAGUAAUGCGAGACAAAACACAAGUUUGGACAGAACAUAAUCAGUUUUAGAACAUAAUCAGUCUUAGAAUGUAAUUUUAUAUAAUUCCAUACUUCAGAACAGAUGUCCGACAUUCUACUUGUCGGUUCACAGUAUAAGAUACUGUUGGACUCUUGAAAAAAACUAUUAAAUUAC